AUGGCGACUAAAAUGGAACCAGUAGAGGGUUUUGUCGAUAAUUACAUGGGCGUAACAGGCCUAGCCGUAGCAGAAACUCUAGGUUUCAUAAGAACAAUUUUGUGGGACAAAAAAGUCACUUUGGACAUAAUACCGGCGGACUACGUCAUAAACCAAACGAUCGCGGUGGGCUGGGACACGUACAAGAGAAGCAAAAGUCCAAAAAAUCACAACGAGUUAGAGAUUUAUAAUUGCGUCAGCGGUUGUGAUAAUCCAAUAAAGUUAGGUAAAGUCCAAGAAUAUUUUAACUACGCUCAGACCAAAGUAGGCAUAAAUAGCAGAAUAUGGUACCCAUUCCUACUGGAUACAACAAAUACGACAUUAUUUGCCAUCUAUUCAUUUUUUCUACACACAGUACCUUAUCAUAUUAUAGACUUUUUGUUAAAAUGCAUAGGAAAAAAACCUUUCUUGACAAAAAUUUACAUGAGAUACGAAAAACUAAGAAGUGCCUUGACAUUUUUCACAUUAAAAGAAUGGAAAUUCCAUACCAAAAACACCAGGAAAUUGUAUUCAUCUCUAUCAGAAGCCGACAAGCGGAUGUUUAACUUUGAUGUAACAAACAUAUAUUGGCCAGAUUACUUUAUGGUUUGCUCCAAAGGUAUAAGAAGAUAUCUUUUAAAAGAAAAUUUCGAAUUCGAUUAUAAUAUUAAAAGUUAUAAUACUAGAAAGUAUAUACAUCUAUUUUCCAUGUGUUUGGUUAUUAUUUUUAUGUAUUAUUUUUUUAAGAUUAUGUUUAUAACGUUGUUUUAA